AUGGUUUGGCAGGCAAAUAGUGAGCACCCUGUAGCAAAAGCUGUAGUGGAGCAUGCUAAGAAGCUAUGCGAGAAGCUUGGAUCCAAAACUAAACACUUCACUGACGUAAACGACUUUGUGGUGCACCCAGGAGCGAGGGUGAGUGGAAAAGUUGGAGACAGAGAAGUCUUGGUUGGGAACAAGAGGCUUAUGAGGGAUUGCAAUGUUCCAGUUGGUUAUAAGGUUGAGAACUACAUUUCAGAGAAUGAGCAACUUGCUCGUACUUGUGUGGUAAUUGCCAUUGAUGGUAGAGUUGCUGGAGUUUGCUUUGUGACUGAUCCGGUGAAACCUGAGGCUGGUCGUGUCAUAUCUUAUCUGCACUCUAUGGACAUCUUAAGUACCAUGGUGACUGGUGAUAACUGGGCAACAGCAACUGCAAUUGCGAAGGAGGUUGGAAUCCAAAAGGUUUUUGCUGAGAUGGAUCCAUUAGGAAAAGCCGAUAAGAUAAAAGAUUUACUGACCAUCAAGCGACUGAGCACAGCUCCAAGAGGCACUAUUCCGGCGACUGAGCAGCUCCAAGAGCUAAACUCUUCACUGUCUUCUUCUUUUUCCUCUUCUCCAAUCUCCACCCUCCCCGUUGUUAGGGUUCAUGCGACCCAUCCUCGUAUAGGUUUUGUGGAAAUGCAGAGAUCUUGUACAUCAUUGACUCAAUCUCUUAGAAGAACGAGAGGGUUUUGCACAUCAAAGAACAGCGAUAAGAUCGUCGCCUCUGUGCUCUUCGAGAGACUACCCAUCGUUAUUCCCAAAAUCGACCCCGCUAUUUACGUUUUUCAAGAGUUCUCGUUCCGGUGGAGACAGCAAUAUAGGCGGGCAUAUCCUGAUGAGUUCUUGAAAAAAUCUGAUGCCAGGGGCAAAGGUGAUUACCAAAUUGAUUAUAAACCAGCUCCUCGGAUCACUGAAGCUGACAAAACUAAUGAUAGAAGGUCAUUACAACGGGCUCUGGACAGAAGGCUGUAUCUCCUCAUAUAUGGAACCACAGACGGGGCUUCCACUGAGAAGCCUGUAUGGCAUUUUCCUGAAAAAGCUUACGGGUCUGAAGAGACAUUACGCAAGUGUGCAGAAUCAGCAUUAGAAUCUGUUAUUGGAGACCUUUCCCACACGUACUUUGUUGGAAAUGCUCCCAUGGGCCAUAUGGUUAUACAACCAGCAGAGAAUGAGAAGGAUCUUCUGUCACUCAAGCGUUUCUUUUUCAAAUCUCAAGUGAUCGCGACCAACAAGUUUAAGAUUGAGAAGUGUGAAGAUUUUGUUUGGGUGACUAAGGAUGAACUGUUGGAGUAUUUCCCCGAGCAAGCUGAAUUCCUUAACAAGAUGAUCAUCAGCUGA